AUGGAUGUGACCAUAUCUCAGUUCAUCUUAGAAGAAUUUGAUGUCAACUGCAGCCUCCUGGAUCAUUUACAAGAGACUUUUUUAGAGAGUUCGUCUAUUCCUUUCCUGGGCUUUGAUGGUCCGUACUGCAAUGCCACAACUGAUCAGAUCGGGACCUGCUGGCCCAGAACCUCUGCCGGGGAACUAGUAGAGAGACCCUGCCCGGAGUUCUUCAAUGGGAUCAAAUACAACACCACAAGAAAUGCCUACAGAGAAUGCCUGGGCAAUGGAACAUGGGCUUCCAAGAUAAACUACUCUCAGUGCGAGCCUAUUCUGGAUGACAAGAGGAAGUAUGCGCUCCAUUACAAGAUUGCUCUCAUCAUAAACUACCUGGGGCACUGUAUAUCAGUAGGGGCCCUUAUAGUUGCCUUUAUGCUUUUCUUGUGCUUGAGGAGUAUCAGAUGCCUGCGGAAUAUUAUCCACUGGAACUUGAUCACUACAUUCAUCCUGAGGAAUGUGAUGUGGUUUCUGCUUCAAAUGAUAGAUCACAACAUACAUGAAAGCAAUGAACCCUGGUGUCGAUGUAUUACCACUGUCUACAAUUAUUUUGUGGUGACCAACUUCUUCUGGAUGUUUGUGGAAGGCUGCUACUUACACACUGCUAUAGUGAUGACUUAUUCCACAGAUAAGCUGCGGAAAUGGGUUUUUCUCUUCAUAGGAUGGUGUAUUCCUUGCCCAAUCAUCAUUGCCUGGGCCAUUGGCAAGCUAUAUUAUGAAAAUGAACAGUAA